AUGGCGGGUUAUGAGACGAUUACCAUGUCGACGACAACACCUAACGACAUCUUGCGCUUGAGCGCUCAAGGUGCCGGGCAUAUGGUACCAAUGGAUGUAUUUGAUCAUGAUCUGAAUUUUGGAGAGCCGAGUAGCAUGUUCGCGCACACUAGAGAUGAUCUGUCUUCCAAUGUCCCCUCGCUACCAUUUACGCCCUCUUACGAACUAUCCGAUGCCUUCUCGAGUACAUUUGACGACCCGUUUUCUUACCAGUCGGCGCAAUUUGAUACCCUCCUCGAACCGAAUAAUGAUACCCAACAAGGCGAGACCCCGUCGCAGGCGCUUGACAACAAGCUUCUGGGCUUUGGAGCGCCGAUAAUGAAAGUACCGAUAUUGGAUGAUCGUGGACAAACAUGGCCUCAGAUGACGGCAGAGCUUUAUGGCAUGUUCUUUGUUGCGGAAGAUGUGUUUGGAGGGGAGACGACGGGGCGACCAAUGGAAUUGACUUGCUAUCGACGGAACCUGUUUCAAAUAUCGGGCUCGAUGGUUUUGUCGCGGAGCAUAUCACAUGUGUUAAAUGAGCAGGGACAGCAAGUCCCCUUGUACGAUUUGACGGCUUCGAUCUCGGCGCUAGAAAGUAUAGAAGGGAAGAGUACGGAGAUAAUAUCUGUGCCAUGGAAAACGUCUGCUGGAUCUGCGAGCGAGGAUAAAGCUGGAGCAGCACCCGCCAAAUGGCCGUUGGAUUUAAGUAUAAACCCAGAGUUGGAUCCGGCUACAGUCACAAUACCGAUUGCCUGGAAGAGAUUACAGUUCAAGCAUGCAACGGCCAACAAUGGAAGGAGGAAAGGUCUACAGCAACACUAUGUCAUUCAAAUCAAUCUUAUGGCGACUACCGCGACGGGAGAAGUGGUCAAGCUGGCAGAGAUACAAAGUGGACCGAUUAUUGUGCGGGGCAGAAGUCCGAGAAAUUUUGAUAGUAGGAAAGAUGUGCCGUUGAGUGAGAAGAAGUUGGAUUCCAAGCAGAAGACUACGAAUGAUGUUCCGCAGACGCCACAAGUGAAAGUUGAUCCGGGAGUCACUAAUAGCAGUUACAGAUUCUACACAAACCAGUCACAGUCUUUGGACAUUCCGGAUUGGACAAAUGGCAAGGACAAUGGCACUUCUACCUUGAGUCCGGAAACGAGCAGGCCUGCGAAAAAGGCAGCAUUGUCUGCACCAGUCAGACCACCAAUCCCAAAGACAAGAUGGAGUUCUGAGUCAAAAUCGACAUUAAAAAAGACAUCACAAGCUUCUCCUAUCGACCUCUCGCUUGCUGAUGAUGAGUACGGAAGGAAGGACAGCACAGGUCAUGGCGGUCGUCCUGGUGAUCGAAGUCCUGAGAUGAGAAAGAAAAGUGGUGCGCAUGUUGGCAGUCCGGUUGAGAAUGCGGAUUUGCUUUAUGAGUACUUUCCGUUGAGUUUGGAUGAUUGGAUGCCUCCUGUUGAUGCGAUAUAUCGACCACAUGUCGUGCAUCACAUUCAUCCCCCGGAGAUGAUGGCUCAGCAAGUGAAGGGGAAGCAGAAGAGGUACUUUUCAGCGGACGACUAA